UCACUCUGAAGUCGUAGAAGAAGAAGCACGUGUGAUUGGCGCUUUCAUGUGGGCAAGAUGGCGGUGGCCGUGCGGAGCUUACAAGACCAGAUUGAAAAAGCCAAAGAAAGCUUGAAAAAUGUUGACGAUAAUAUUCGUAAAUUAACUGGACGAGAUCCCAAUGAAUUCAGACCGGGCCAGCUGCGCCGGUUCGGUGGGCCCAUGGCAGGCGUGGCAGUUGCAGCAAUGGGAGGAGGAGGUAGAGGAAGAGGAUUCAACCUGCUCAGACGCAGUCUCUCCGACAUUGGCGGCGGUGGCCCCCCUGCCAAGCAGAGGGACAUCGACGGUGCUUUGUUAAGGCUGGCAGGCGACCAGAGGGCCAGGAGAGAUGUGCGUCACGACAGCGAUGCCGAGGAUGAUGACGAUGUCAAAAAGCCGGCGUUGCAGUCGUCAGUUGUAGCUACCUCCAAGGAGAGAACACGCCGGGACCUCAUUCAAGAUCAGACCAUGGAUGAGAAAGGCAAACAGAGGAAUCGGCGCAUGUUCGGCCUGCUCAUGGGGACUCUGCAAAAAUUUAAACAAGAGUCGAACGUUUGUACAGAGAAGCAAAAGCGGCGCUCUGAGAUCGAGCAGAAGCUUGAGGUUCAGGCUGAGGUUGAGAAGAAGAAGUUGGAGAGCGAGAAGAGGGAGUUAUUUGAAGAGAGGAGAGCCAAACAAACGGAGCUCAGACUGCUCGAACAGAAAGUGGAAUUGGCUCAGUUGCAAGAGGAGUGGACCAACCAUAACAACAAUCUGGUGAAAUUCAUUCGCACCAAGACCAGGCCACACAUCUUCUACCGACCUGGGAAGAUGUGCUCCGCCAGCCAGAAACUCCUCGACGACUCCACCAAGAAACUAAAUGCUGUGUUUGAAGAGCGGCGCGAAGCAUUCACGGAACACAUCAACAAGAUGGAGUCCCGACCACGGCGGCAGCUAAACCGCGACCAGGACGGCAGCUCUGCGGCGACAGGGAAGGACCACUCGGCGGAGGGUAAGCCAGCAGGUCAGGUAGACAAGGUGACGGGUAACAAGAGGGCUGCGCGCAUGGAGGAAGAUGAUGAUGAUGAUGAUGAUGAGGAGGAGGAGGAUCAGGAAGAGGAGGAGAAAGAGAAGGGGGUGGAUGGAGAACAGGGGGCUAGCGAGGUCGCGGGGAAGGGUGAGCUAGUGGAAGGGGGGGAUAGCAGGGAAGGCUUAAAUGAGGACGAGGGGAUGGAGUUUGAGGAAGCAGGGAAUGGGGAGAAGGCAGGUGAGGAAAAGGAGAAGACGCAGGUGCGUGGCGAAAAAGAGGAGGAGGCGCGUCCAGGGUCAGAAGAGAUGGAAGUGGAGGCAGGCAAAGAGCAGGGGGACAGCAGUAAGACGGAGCAGGAUGAAAACGGUAAAGAGGGACCCUUAGACCUUGAAACCGAAAAGACUGAGAUCACCCCUCCAUGCGAGCCAAUCACGAGCCAACAAGAGGCGACUCGCAGCGCUCAGCUCGGUCCCCCAAACCCCACCCCAGAGGAACCAGCCGCACCCUUGGCUGAGCCUCAGAUGGCCCCAACAACCAAAACGGUCUGCGGCGCUGGGGACCAGGACCCGGCGGUUCCUUCCGCCGAGAUCCCCGAUUCCGCCAGCCUGAACCCGGCCGAGCAAAGGCAAGCCGGAGACGAGUCGGCCGUCAAGCCUCAGCCCGAUGCGCAGGAGGCACCGAGCAGCCCGAGCGCGCUUCUCAAGGAGCAGAAAGAAGGUGCGAGGGGGAGGAAGAAGGCAAAGGAGUCAAAAAAGGGUCUCAGUCAAAGUCGCAGCUCUUCGUCCUCCUCUUCCGGCUCCUCCUCCAGCGGAAGCUCUUCGUCUUCAUCCGCUUCAAGCCACUCAUCCUCCUCCUCAUCCUCAUCGACCUCCUCGUCCAGCAGUCGAAGUCGCAGCCGGGAGAGCGGCAAGCGCAGCAGAAGACCGUCAGGCAGGGACAAGAAGAAAGAGGAGAGGAGUCACCGCAAGAAAGGAGGGAGUAGUGGAGGCGCAGGAGGCAAAGAUGCCAAGGAAGGGAGGAAGAGCAAUGAAGGGAGGAGCAGGUCAUCUCACAGCGAUAGGGAGCAGAAAGACAAAGAGAGGAAGGACAAGAGACGCUAAACUGGGCCCCGUUUUAUUUUGUCGUCUUGAGAAGCUGGUGACAGCGGGGCAAUCGCGUCAGACUUCAACGCACAUCCAAUUAGUUUUAUUUGUUUUUUUAAACGCCCACCACAGCACCAUUUGAUCGAUACAAGUUGAAGCGUUUUCUUUACACCCGGCCAGAGUAAAUCACAGAUUUUAGUCAAGAUGAUAGUGUAAUGUCUCACAAUUGCAGGAGAGCUCGUUUGUACCCAUUAAAAAUUAAUUGAGGAAGGACAGUUUGGCUCUUUUAGAAAAAUCUAUCUUAGGUGUUUUUUUUUUUUUUUUUUUUGCUUGUGUAAUGACGACGGCACAUUUUCCGUCCUGCUGUCCUCCAUGUCACUAUGCCAAUGACACUUAUAUCACACACUGGUCGUCUUCAAUUCUUGUGACUACUUGUCACUUGAUCCAUGUCAUGAUUGUUAUGUGACUUAUUGUUUUUUCAAAAAUGUUUUUCAUUGUUUUUGUAUCAUCCAACCUGCUUCAAAUUAAAGGUGAUAUAAUUA